UUUUUCUUAAUUUUGGUCUUUUCGUUGGAUUUUCCCUUUCUUUUUUUUUCUCGCCCCCCCCCCCUUGUUAUCGCUCAGUUUUGAGCGAAGGUUUACAUUUUUAAAAAUUUUGCUUUUCAGCCCGCCUUGAUGUAGCGCGAGUCUCAUCGACUCAAAAAAAAAAAAUCUGUGGUUGGCUUUUUUUUUUCCUUUUUUUUUUUUUUAAUAUUUUCAAAGGGGAGGAGAUUUUCCACAAGAAAAGGUUGUUUUCAUGUUUGGGAUCCAGGAAAGCAUCCAACGGAGUGGAAGCAGUAUGAAGGAAGAGCCGCUGGGCAGCGGCAUGAACGCGGUGCGGACGUGGAUGCAGGGCGCCGGGGUGCUGGACGCCAACACAGCGGCGCAGAGCGGGGUGGGUCUGGCCCGGGCUCACUUUGAGAAGCAGCCGCCUUCUAACCUGAGGAAAUCCAACUUCUUCCACUUCGUCCUGGCUCUCUACGACAGACAGGGCCAGCCCGUGGAGAUUGAGAGGACGGCCUUUGUGGGGUUCGUGGAGAAGGAAAAAGAAGCCAACAGCGAAAAGACCAAUAAUGGGAUCCACUACCGGCUCCAGCUCCUCUACAGCAAUGGGAUAAGGACUGAGCAGGAUUUCUACGUGCGUCUCAUCGACUCCAUGACAAAACAAGCCAUAGUGUACGAAGGCCAAGACAAGAACCCUGAAAUGUGCCGAGUGUUGCUCACACACGAGAUCAUGUGCAGCCGCUGUUGUGACAAGAAAAGCUGUGGCAACCGAAAUGAGACUCCCUCAGAUCCAGUGAUAAUUGACAGAUUCUUCCUGAAGUUUUUCCUUAAAUGCAACCAAAAUUGCCUAAAGAAUGCAGGAAACCCACGUGACAUGCGGAGAUUCCAGGUCGUGGUUUCUACCACAGUCAACGUGGAUGGCCAUGUCCUGGCAGUCUCUGAUAACAUGUUUGUCCACAAUAAUUCCAAGCACGGGCGGAGGGCUCGGAGGCUUGACCCCUCGGAAGGUACGCCCUCUUAUCUGGAACAUGCAGCUACUCCCUGUAUCAAAGCCAUCAGCCCGAGUGAAGGAUGGACGACGGGAGGCGCGACUGUGAUCAUCAUAGGGGACAAUUUCUUUGAUGGGUUACAGGUCAUAUUCGGUACCAUGCUGGUCUGGAGUGAGUUGAUAACUCCUCAUGCCAUCCGUGUUCAGACACCUCCUCGGCACAUCCCCGGUGUGGUGGAAGUCACCUUGUCCUACAAAUCCAAGCAGUUCUGCAAAGGGACACCAGGCCGAUUCAUCUACACGGCACUCAAUGAACCCACCAUCGACUAUGGUUUCCAGAGGUUACAGAAGGUCAUUCCCCGGCAUCCUGGUGACCCAGAGCGCUUGCCAAAGGAAGUGAUCCUUAAAAGAGCUGCGGAUCUGGUUGAAGCCCUGUAUGGGAUGCCCCACAACAACCAGGAGAUUAUCCUGAAGAGAGCUGCCGACAUUGCAGAGGCUCUGUACAGUGUCCCUCGAAACCACAACCAGCUCCCAGCCCUUGCUAACACUUCAGUCCAUGCGGGGAUGAUGGGUGUGAACUCCUUCAGUGGACAACUGGCUGUGAAUGUCUCCGAGGCAUCACAAGCCACCAACCAAGGUUUCACCCGCAACUCAAGCAGUGUGUCACCACAUGGCUAUGUGCCGAGCACCACCCCACAGCAGACCAACUAUAACUCUGUCACCACAAGCAUGAACGGCUACGGCUCUGCCGCCAUGUCCAAUUUGGGCGGCUCCCCAACCUUCCUCAAUGGCUCAGCUGCCAACUCACCCUAUGCCAUUGUGCCAUCCAGUCCCACCAUGGCCUCAUCUACAAGCCUCCCCUCCAACUGCAGCAGCUCCUCGGGCAUCUUCUCCUUCUCACCAGCCAACAUGGUCUCUGCCGUGAAACAGAAGAGUGCUUUCGCACCAGUUGUCAGACCCCAGACCUCCCCGCCUCCCACCUGCACCAGCACCAACGGGAACAGCCUGCAAGCGAUAUCUGGCAUGAUUGUCCCUCCCAUGUGAAAGAAUUGCCUUGAAGAAUUUUAUUAAUGAAGAGGUUGGAUUCUGCUACGAAAGUAAUCUGACAUGAGUCCCAGAGUGGAACUUUUAACUCAGGCCUUUUUAAGAGGAAUUACACAAUAACUGCAGAUUUUUAAACAAAAUCACCGACCUUGCAAAUACUGAAAUUGGAAAGGGGAUCUGCCAGAGCAGGGUGUUGGUUAAAGUUGUACCCCCCAAGUAUCUGGGGGAUAUAUUUAUUCUGUAUUGAUAAAAAGCAAACCCACAUUUUCUUUUUCUUUCUUUCUCUUUUUUUUUUCUUAAGCUUAACUCUGCAACCAUUUGUCUUUUAUAAACCAUUAAGCUACACCCAAGGGCCACUAUAAAUAAGACUCCAUGUUUUAAUUUAUGAUGUUUUUAAAGCUAUGUAAGGGGAGAAUGAAGUGGUGAUAUUUACAAAAAAGCUAAAAAGGAAAAAAAAAAAAGAAAAACAGGGAAAAAUAAAUUAAAAAAAAAAAAAAAGCUUGUAUGGGACAGAAUAGGAAUGCCAGUUAGAUUUUUUAGAAAACUAAGGGUCGGCUUCUGCGCCUUAAAGCAUAUCAGUGGUAGUUAGCUCAGACCGUGCAUUUUCAAUAUCUAACUUAACAGGCCAUCCCUUAGCAGUGCAAGCUUCCUUCUCUCUUUUGUAUGGUUGUCUUAAGUAACUGUGUAAAUAAGUGUAGCCUGGAAAGUUACCGAGCGACAUACAUGAUCACAUUUUCCCUUGUACUCAGAAAAUCCAGUGCCUCUAGACAGAUUGUUUAAAAACAAAUGAAAACAAAACAAAACAAAACAAAAAAAAACCCUGCAUCUUUAAACCCGAUCUUAUUCUUUUACUUAACGUCAACUUCUCCUGAAGCCAGCAGCCUCUGAGAGUGGAGCUGUACAUGUUCCGAGCGAGAAUCUCCUUCAAGACUUCAUGGGACAGGGUCCAGGCACAGAAUUCCACAUAUGCCCUCCAGUUUACCAAGCCAAAAUCUCGCUCACACUCCACCAUCAAGAGAUCUAAGCUUACUCACGCUGGAAUACUAAAUAUUAACUCUCUAUCUUAUCUGGGCUCAAAAACCCAAACAAAGCAAACUCACAAAGCCAGGUAGGUAUGCUGUUCCGGGCUCUCUAAUCACACAGGGGUCUGUACCUGCAAGACCCCGAAUGGUUGGAAAGUUAUAAAUUCAGUCAACAGGUAAAGUGCUUUGGAGUUCAGUGUGAAAGGAAACUGGGAGAGAGGAAGGGAAGGUUGAGGCUUCAAACUCAUCUUUCUAUGGGAAAUUUUGCUUUCAACUGGGAAGUGUUCUUAAAGAAUCCAUAGCAAAGGUUCAGCCAGCAAGGCUCUGAGGGGGCGUGUUCCUGCUGACCUUCUUUGCCCUUCUGUUUCUGUAUGUAGUUAUAAAUACUGUAGAUUUCUUUUGUGAUUUUUUUGCCAAAGUUGUUGUUUUAUUUAUACAUUUUAAUGUCUUAAGAUGAUUUUCGAUCUCACACAGGAAAACAAUUUUACUGCAUAUUUUGCAAAGAAAUAAAAAGCGCACUACCUUUAGCUCGCACAUACUUGCAAAGUUAAUUCAAAGGCUUUCUGUUUGUUUGUUUUAAUGGGGAUUUUGUAAAAUAUCCAUAUAAAUAAUGUAUUUAUCUUUGGAAUUUGUACAUUGCUUUUCUCUCCUUCAUCCCAUACCCCACCCCCAGUUUAUUUUUGUGUGUGUGUUUGCUUUGUGAACAGUGCGCGCGAAUAGUUUGGUCACCUAUGGUUGUAUUAGCUGUUUCAAUGUGAUUUUUAAACAAUUCAUUUAUAGGUAUUUUUAGUAUUGUUUUAAACCAUGCUUCAUUUUUUUUAAUUUCCACCCAAAAGCCAUUGUCUAUUUUUGUAUUAUUUGUAAGUUAAGAAGUUUUUUCCAAUAUAUGGCAAAAAAAUAGUAGCAUAUUAUUCUUGUAGUAUUUAGUUCUGUAGAUUUAAAAAUAAUGUAUCCUUUGCUUUGGAAGCAUACAAAAAAUGCUGUUUUACUCUAUUAAUAUGCAUGGAAUCUCUCCCUUUGGAGUGACGCAUUUUGUGCAUUAAAUUUGGGGGAGAAACUUCAUAGAGAUCAAUGAA